AAAUACAGUUGUCCUAAUUUGACUCACGGUGUAUUUUACACAUAUUCCACAAUUUUCACUCAGUUGACAUGUUUGUACGUUUGUUCAUUCAAUUAUCUACAAGAUUUUACAGUAGUGUGUGAAUUCAGUGAUGUUGGUCGCACUUUUAGGUCAGACGAUUUACGAGGAUGAGAUGUCCGAGAAAAUGGCUUUGGCCUGUACACGUCAUGCAGCAUUAAAUUCUUGACUUAAAGAAGUAAAUAUUCAUAUAUUGCCAAUAUUUACAUUGGUGCAACAUGGAUUUUGGUUCAUUAUUACACGUUGCAAAGAGGAAUGAGAAUUCUGUCAAGAAGGAGGUUAAAUGUUAUAAAUCAACAUUUGAUCCACCAAAGAAGGAGCAAAAAUCGAAAUCUCUCUCAGUAAAUAUCCGGAAGUUUUUGGCAAGAAAAGAAGAGGAAGAAAGACGGAAAGCUGUUGAAGCCAAGAAAAAGAAAGAUGAAUUGCUGGCAUUGAGGUCCCAGGAUGGCAAAGCAAAGAAGAGAGUUGCAGCCAUGCUUAACCGCACCAAAGCUGCCAAUAAAGCUGCCAUUGAAGAUGCUGUGGAUAAUGAAAAUACAGCUAUAACUUUGGGAGGUUUGGCGCAGCCUGACGAAGAUGACUAUGGCUAUGUGUCACAGGAAGCAUCUGCGUUUUACGAGAAACUCAUGGAGAAGUACACUUCCACCCCUUCUGAGGAACCCAAAUUCUCUAAGAAAUCUCUUCUCAAGUCCAGUGCUGCAGAUUUAACUAAUACCAAGGAUCGAGUGAGGAUGGCUCUGUUAAGAGAGGAAGAAGAAGAGUUGAUGCCACACAAACGCAAAAGGAAAACAAAAGAAGAGAAAGUUAAGGAUUUUGAAAAUGUAGGUAAAAGACAGGGUCAGUCAGAUUAUGGGGAAACAAAAGAAUAUGAAGAAGAGAAGCCAGAGAAAUCUAUUAAACCUCGUCGCCUUCCUCCACCACCACUGAUGCACUUCAGUGACCUGCUGAAGAUAGCAGAAAAGAAGCAGUUUGAGCCAAUUAAAAUUACACCAAAAGUGAAGGAAGAGGAUGAAGAUGAAAGACCAAUGACCAAAAGGCAGCGUGCUGAAUAUAUGAAAGAGAAGGAAUGGCGCAUGCGGAAAGAAGGAAAGCUUCCACCGUUAACAUCUUCAAAACAAAUCUCUAGGAAUAGUCAGCCGCAAGCUUUAGAGGAAAGAAGUAGAGAUCAGAGGAGCAGUCACCUUGCAGCGGAUUCAAGUAGUGAUCGCAGAAAUAAUGGAUCUUUAGCAGAUGUGAAUAGAGAUCAAAGAAUCGGUCAGAGGUCUGCGGAUGGACAGAGGGAACGGAUCGGUAAUUUACCUUCAGGGUGUGAUAACAAGUACCAGAUGAGUGGUCGACCUUCGGGUGACGUAAGUGGAGGUCACGGGAACAGUCGGCCACUCAAAAGGAACAUGGACCAAAAGAGUAGCCAGUCUUCAGGGGAUGGGAACUUUAGCAUUCCAAGAAUUCUAAAUGCGAACACCUCGAGUAGAGUUGCAAAAGAUGAGAAAUCACAGCAGAAGAUUCCAAAACUUAAUGGUAGCAGUAGCAUUAGUAACAGCAGUAACAAAACUGUGAAACUUCAGGGGAAUUCUGACAGUAAAGUUGGCAAGGAGAGGAAUAGAGAUGAAGUCCAGAACAGUAACAGGUCAGGAAAACUGCCUUUUAAAAAUAAUCACACAUCUUCCUCUAGUGCCUCUGGACAUGGCUGUGCAAAUAGAAACAGUAUAGAACAAAAAAGGAAAGAUACUAGAAGUUGUAGCAACAAUAGUGGUAAUAAUAGUAAAAACUAUAACUUAUCUGGUUACAGUAAAAAGUUGCAGGAAAGUCUCUUGGCCAAACUACAGGAGAAAGAAAGAAGUGUUGAAUUGUCAGAAGUAAGCAAGUUCCGUGAACCAGAAGCCCUAAAUUCGAGAUUUUCAAAAAAUCGUGAUUCUGGAUCAUUUAAUGUAAGUAGAGGAUCAAAACUAGCAAGAAGCGGUGACUUGAAAGACGCUUCCUUAUUAAGUAAAAGUACCGCAAAGCCAUUUGCCUCUUCACAGAGAAUAAAUGAAAUACCUCAUGGAAGAUUAUCCUCAGAAUCUCAAGAAUCUUCACAAAGGAGUAAGUUUGGUAAUGAAAUUCCAUCCAAAGAUUUGAAAGAUAGAAGACCAACUCAAAUGCUGCCCAAGGAUGUUAGGCAUAAACAGUUUCCACCACCAGAGGUCAAGCCACGACAAUUUCCACCACCAGGUGUUAAGCCACGACAGUUCCCACUUGCAGAUGUGAAGCCAAGACAAUUCCUACCCGCAGAUGUUAAGCCAAGACAAUUCCCACUUGCAGAUGUUAAGCCAAGACAAUUCCCAUCUGCGGAUGCAAGGAUAAAACCGAAACUGCCACCAAAACGUCGCAUUGAAGAUUCUGAUGAGUAUGACUCAGAACUAGAUGACUUCAUUGAUGAUGGACCAACUGAAACAGAAGAUUACUCUAAGCAUAUAAAGGAAAUCUUUGGAUAUGACAAGUCAAGGUACAGAGAUGUGGACGAUGAUGAGUGUAUGGUGUCAAGUUUCUCACAACAACUAAAGGAGGAAUAUGUGAGCACCAAAAUGGGAAUUUUGGAAGAUCUGGAAGACAUGGAAAUGGAAAAAAGAGAACUUGCAAGGAAGAAGAACUCGAUAACGAAAAAGAAAAGAAAAUCAUAACAAAUAAAUCACAGAAUUUAUGGAGAUUUGGUAUAAAAUAUUGCAUUUCCUAGUCCAUAAAAUUUUUAUUUAUCACAUACAUGAUGGCUUAUUUUCAGAAGUUAUUUUUACUGUUAUUUUUUGGUUCUUUAACAGGCAGUUUGUUCAUGUUAACCAUGUUAGCUUGGCUAACACUUUGAAAAAAUGAAAAAUAAGAAGUCUUUGGUCUAUCUUUUGUGGUUCAUUGAUAAUUCCAUACACUGGAACACCAGAACUGAUGAAUUAAAAUGCAUUGUUAGCCAGCUCCAGCCAACCAGGCUCACCUCAAGCAUAAGCCUGAACUAACUGGCUAACAUCAUGUAGCUGGCUGGAGUUAGCUAACAAUGCAUUUUAUUUAUAAGUUCUGCUGUUUUCCCGUGCAUGGAGUACCGCUGAACAGUGAAAGUAAGACACAAUACUUUUAUUUUUUGUUUUUAAAUUUGUUAGCCAAGUUAACAUGGUUGCUCUGCCCCUGUUCUUCAGUAUGAAUCAAAAGUUGUUGAAAAUAUAUUGUAAUUAUGAAUUUAUAAGUGGACUGUUAUUCAGAAAAUCCAUUAUUCUCUCGAUAUAUUAAUCUUAAGUACUGUCUUUAUAUAUGUGAUGUCAGGUUUGUACAUUCUUGAACAUUUCUUGACAGCAGUACCAUUAAAACUGACAUAAACUUUUUUUACAUAAUUUAACCUCAUGUCAACUUUUAUUUCAUUAUCAGUCCAAUCCACACAACUUUAUUACAAAGUAUUAUUCAGUAGCAACAUGUUUAAAUAUAUAUUAUAUCAUCAUGAGGCUGUUUGUUUUAUAAAAGUAGAAAGUGUACCACUUUCUUGAUUAAAAUUAGUUCAGAUAACACCAUUUUGCUGUUGUAAAAUGAUUGGCUGUUUAGUUCAAAUUAUGCUGUAUUAUGUCACCAGUUAGAUCUUAUCAUUUUUAUGUUCUUUAUUUUUUAUGAGUUACAUGAUCAUUUGUAUUUACCUAUUUAGAAUAGGUACAUUUGUUACAGGUUAAAGCAUAGAAAGAAUGUCUUAAUGAUUACAGUCAAACACAGCUUUUUAAAUUAUAAAACACCAAAAAUGAAAAUUUUAUUUUUGGUGUCUCUUGCAUACCAUCAUCAGGCAUUUCUUAUACAUGGCAUCUCUUAUGUAACUUAACAUAUCAUAAUUAAAUAAAAUGUUGAAAUAUAUAUAAAAAUAGAUGCUGUGUUGAUAGUUGAAUGAUGAUGAUAAUGAUGACAAAUAUUGUCAUUUUAAGUUAUUUUAAUGAAUUUUGGUGAAGAAAAUGACAAGUUUGUGGCUUUAGAAUACUGAAAAAUGGCCCGAAGAUGACAUAAUAUACAUUGAAACAUGCUGCAAUAGAGAUGUGCUUUUUAUAGAGUCGCGUGGACAGAAUUGAUAAUGAAUUAAAAAUAGUAUAAAA